ACUCACAGUGAUCAUGGCAUGCGUGCAACAAGCGAUGGAUCCGCUUGCUAUUAGCACCAUGCAACAGAACUUCGACGAUCUCUUUUCUUUUGACAUUGACAUAGUCGAAGAAAAGAUUGACACCAUUCUAGGGAGUGAUUGGAUACAAUCAGUACCUGUCCGAAACAAAGAUUCAAGCUGCAAAGCAGAACUCGAGGAUGAAAAAGAAGAAUAUCUCAAGUUGUUUGGUAUUCAGAAGGACCUAGACAGCUACUUGGCCCAAGAAAUUUCUGGCAGGAACCAUCAGUCUGAAGAAAGCGAAAAGCUUUCAAAAUAUCUGAACAUUUGGUAGCAUUUUGAUUAUUCUUCCCAAGUCCGUGUUUUCUGAGAGUGGUUCUCUAAAUCCUUUUUGUAAAACGCAUCCAAUUGAUUAAAAAUCUUCAAAGCA